AUGCAGGAAUCUUGCUUGGUGUCGUUUUGUAUCAAUACUCGACAAAAUUUGGCUGAAAUGAAGCGUCUCUCAGUUGCUGAACGUGCCGAAAUGAUGAUUCGUGCAGGUAUCGACGGUUUGCAAACGCUUGUGAAAGGUCUAUGUUGCAUCUUGUCAGCGAUAAGCGUUACCUCGGCAACUUCAAUGUCAACAAUACCACCAGAUAAUAAAUCAUUCGCUGGACCACAUAUAAAAAUGUCAGAAGGCAGCUUGCAGUGGAAUAUGGGUGAAGGACCUUUUGAUCUUCAACCAGGCAACUAUCCGCCGCCUCAGAGUUCCAUUCGAGGGCCAAGCGGUCUGCUUGUUCCCAUAAUAUAUCGGGUGGAUGGCUACAGCAACAGCACCGCAUGCGACUGCAGAAACACCAAGUCACCUGAAAUUUCUGGGCAAGAAUUCGGCGUUGGUCAGGGUCGAUCGCCAUCCAUGGAUGUGGUUUCGUCUCUGACCUUCACACCUCAGCAAGCCCAGCAAUUAGAUCAAAUCGGGUCACGCUUUGUCGAUUUGACAAUUCGCUAA